UCGACUGGUAUAAAAUCCAUGGCUUCUCUAUCCUUCGUCACAGUUCUCCAGUCGACUCUUCUCCAAGACGAUACACAGCCUCACAUCUAUCAACAUGUUCAAACUUGGAGUUUUCCUCGCUAUCUUGGCGGUGAGUGCUGCUGCACCUAAUCCAGCACCAGCACCAGCACCAGGUGCUCUUCUGGCGACAGCCUACGCUCUUCCCGCUGCAUAUCCAGUGGCAUCUAGCAGUCAAUCUGUUGUCAGGAACUACAACACCCUCGCAGCUGCACCACUGGCCUACACAGCACCACUCGCCUACGCCUACGCACCAGCACCCACUUACUACGUCUAGAGUACAUCUUGAUGUCUCAAUCAUCAGUCAAAUCAUCACCGGACGCUAAUCACUUUCAUUCACAAUUGUAUUUUUCAUCCUGGAUUUGAAAAAUUGGAAAUCAUGAAGCGGAAUUCUGAGAUUAAAUCAAUAAAAUCUGCAUUCGAUUCCUCAUA